CAAAUAGUCUAUGGCUAUGAUUGCAAACAAAGCGACAUCCGACCUCUCGUAUGAGCAGACCGUUAGGCCAAAGGAUCGCAAAAGAAAACGCAGAUGUGAGAUCAAGAACUACGACACCGACGGGGACAAUGAUAUUCCAUACCUCGAGCAGGAAGACAAGGCUCCGGGGACUGGAUCUUCCGAUAUAUCGUGGAGUUGUCCAUUCUGGAAGCGGGACCCUUUUCACCAUAUGGAUUGCAUGUCCUACAAGCUUAGACGAAUUCGAGAUGUCAAGCAGCAUCUCAUGCGCAAACAUUACGAACUCCCGUUUUACUGCCCGAUUUGCCAACACAAGUUUUCCGACAUCAAGGAACGCGAUCAUCACAUCCGACAGCGAACAUGUACGGAAGAUUUGAAAGUGAGAACAGACCUACCAAACACAUCGAUUCCGCCUGAAAAGCAGGAGCUGUUGCGAGCGCGGUUGGGUGGGUCAGACAAGGAGAUAUGGUAUCAGAUUUGGGAUAUCCUUUUUGAAGCCAGGACACCACCGGCGACACCACAUCAGAAGACCGUCAUCGAAGAAGUUGUCGAUGUGUUGCAAGGGUUCUGGAGUGAACACCGAUUGGAAAUCAUUCUUGAUGUCACCCACGGACAGGAUUCAUACGACGAAGACGCCGAUUCUAUCAGAGCGCAGCUCCCAGGCUUGAUGUCAACGGCAUUGUCUAGUCUCGUGAGGAGGGUGAAAGAGGCUGUCCACAAGAUCGACCACUGUGAGCCAACAUCACCAGCAACUGAGAAUUAUGGGACACCGGUUACCAGCACGCCAUCCAACUUUACGUCGACAUUCCCAUCAAAGAGACACGAAAGCUUCAUGAAGAAGAAGGGUCAGAAUGACGCUCAUACGAGGAAGCUGGGGAGGGUGUGCAAGGAGUACAUGAGUAUGCGCAAGGAAAUUUGGCAACCCCUGGCGGCAAGGUGUGAAGAGAAGUGGAAUGUGGUUGAAAUGCAGUGCAUGUCCAACGGCCUCAAGGGCAUUCAAUCCCACGCUCGUGCUUAUACCAAAUUGGUGACGCCAGCCACUAGCAUGAUGGAAACAUCGGUUUGUCAACCUCCCGCAACGCCACCACCACAAAGCUUCGAUAACCCCCAGUUCGAAGGUUUCGAAAACUUCUCGCCAUCCCAAGAGGUCGACGGCGGGUUAAUACAACCCUUUGGCGCAGGUCACGACCCGGGAUUCGAUAUGGGGAGCGAUGGCACAAGUGAUUUUCUCCAGGAUUGGGACUCUUCGAUUAUUUUCUCACUCUUCCCUAGAGGUCAUGGGGCCAGACUCUGGAAUUUUGGGGCCAGUUCGGCCAGUGCUCAUUCCGAAGGAAUGCAGUAUCCGCCACUAUCAAACACCACGACCAGUGAGGGUUCCUUUCUAAAAUGGGAUGGUGGUGACGGCUGA